AUGGCACAAGACAAGACGAAGGAAGUUGUGAGAGUGAUCGACGCACCAAUCGCCGACAUUUGGGCAAUAAUUGCAGCCUUUGGUUCCGAGAAGCUUUGGUUUCCCAAUGUUAUCAAGUCCAGUCUUGAGGGAUUCGGUAUUGGAUCAGUUCGCACUCUGACCUUCAACAACGGCCAUGUGGUUCAUGAACGAUUGGAGAUAGCCGAUCCGGAGACACACACCAUCACCUACCUAAUUCUUGACGGCGUCCCAAACACGACGAACCCCCGCGGAACGCUGCAAUUGACAGCCGUAAGCGAGGACAAAACACAAUUCAGUUGGUCUGGCGCUUCUGAAUGGACGGAGCCAAGCUUUCAACCGGUUCUUGCCGGAAUGUUGGAGGAGAUGUUUAACGGGUGCAUGGAUGCUAUUGAGUCCAUUUUCAAGUAG